AUGUCUUUGGAACGUACUCCCCCACCUCCACAAAACUCUGCUUUUGGUUUUUCUGAUGCCCAGUGCAUCGUAUGUAAAGAAUUAAUGUUAGAAACACAUGAAUGUCUCAUAAUUAUGAAUUGCAAUCAUGUAUUUCAUAAAGAAUGCAUUGAGAGACAUCUCUCCCAAUCUAUGGAAUGUCCCGAAUGUCACAAGGCAUGUGAACUAGCAGAUCUUAAAAAAUUUCACAUUCACGAUAACUCUCGUCAAAAUCCUGGCUCUAAAAGUAACGCUAAUGUUCGUGGAAAAGGUCGAGGAGCAAUGGCUAAAAGGUAUCAUACUAGAAAUGUCACUAAAAAUCUAUUUAAUGAAAAUGCGAAUUCUUCGUUAGAUUUUCCCCAAAAUAAUCCUCAACCUGAAUAUGUUGAAGAUAGUCAAUCGUUUACUCCUACACGGAAUAUGUCUAAUGCCCAAAAUUCUCUUAAUAUUGAUUCUUCGCAACUCACUCAAAUUAUAGAAACGAGU